AUGCGAAGGAAAGAAAGAAUCGAGGCAUCUUCAAUAUCGAGAGAACAACAGAAGAAAUGCUUCGAAACUGGCGGAAAAAUUCUGUUUGCAAGAGCCUCUGGAUGGAUCAUACAAAGAACGGAGGCCACAGAGCUGAACGAGAAUGACAUCCUUCGAGCCACCUUCUUUUCUAGGAAGCACCCAGGAGGCGGGUUAGAAAGCGGUAUUCUUCCGACAAGUAAGCAGCCACGGGAGGCAAGAACCCUCACACUCGAGAGUCAAGUGGUGUUCUCGUAUCUAUUCCUCCCAGUGGGCAUGCUCAUUUUACCAUCAUCCAGUGGUACCAAGACAUGUACUCUGAAACCGAUAAAACUCAUCGAGGGCGGUAGUAAGCCGCUGGAAGGGUGUGCGAGAGAGCGAGACUGGGAUCAGGACUCUGCAGAGUCGAAACUGACUCGUCCUGUAUUCGGUGGAGUAAAAUCAAUUAUGACGGAGGCCCUGUUGUCUAGCUUCCAUAAAUCUGUCUUGAUCCAGCUGGGGCAAGCAUCCACUCCACUUGCCGAGAGACCUUUACGGAUUAACAUCCAAUGGAUUACUCAGCUCGGUCUCGACUUUUCACUCAUUCGCGACUUUCCAAUAAUCCCUCCGCAACCUUCACUUCGCCUUUCGCACGCUUCGAUACAAGCCACCGGGAUGUUCAUGAAUUUUCCAUAUUCAAGGCGUGCAAUCUUUCAACAGAGACGAUUUGACACAGACAAUUUGCCUCGGAGAAGACGAUCUAAGUCUCACGCCAACAUCUACGGUGUCCAGCUUACUUUUCUCACCGUCUUCUCUUCGUUCCUACAAGAUCAUACCAAGCCGGAAUGCCUUUUCCCAACCAUCAACUGGUGCGAAGAGGACUACUAUGUCACACCGUACGUGGCCGAGUUUGUCAACACUUUCACAAAUGCGAUAUUCGUCUAUCUGGCGUUAGUUGGAAUUUCCAGCUGCAUUAGAAAUAACCAUCCUCGAGUAUUUCUGGUGGCAUAUGUCGGGUACAUGACCAUCGGUAUCGCAAGCGUGGUCUACCAUACCUCAUUGAAGUUACUGACCCUCGAGCAAGACUGGAUGCAGCUAUUUGAUGAGCUGUCAAUGAUAUACACCACAUGCAUCCUCUUCUAUGCGGUAUUUUCUCACGGAAAAUCCUUGUUUGGCCAGGCUCUUCUGGGCACCUUCAUCACUGGCUUGGCCAUUUUCAUCACAGUGUACUACCACUACCUCGGAGAUCCCGUCUUCCACCAAGUCAUGUUCGGAAUACUCACAGCCACUGUUGUGUUUCGAAGCAUGUACAUCAUGGAGAAGAUACUCCGGCCCAAGUCUACACCUCAGAGCAAGGCUGCGCUUCUCGACACGCAACUCCUCAAGAAAAUGUGGACAUUGAUCACUUGCGGUCUUGUUUCCAUAGCCAUUGGAUUUCUGGCUUGGAACCUUGACAACAUUUUCUGUUCGCAUCUUCGACAUUGGAGACGAGAACUCGGACUCCCCUGGGGCGUUCUCCUCGAGGGCCAUGGAUGGUGGCACCUAUUCACCGGUAUUGCAUGCUAUAUAAACGUGACUUACGGCGUCUGGCUACGCUAUUGCAGAGACGGCAAGAAGGAAGAAGUCGUCUUGGCCGAGCGCAACAUGGAGGACAUCCGGCGAAGCCCGGAUCUAAAACGGAGUGACCUUCAGUGCAACAACCUUUGGGACGAGGCUAUCCAAUACCAAGAACUGUGCCGGAUAAGCGGAACCGAGAUGGCGGCGAUGGCUUUGAUUGUGACAGCGAAGCGGCUGAGGAAUAUUGUCUGCUGUGACACCGCUUGGCUGUCAAAUAGCAGACAUGCUUGGUCGCUACAUGAAUGUUUAGGUGGGUGUGAGAAGCAGGCUACCAAUCAUGUUCUGUACUGGGAAACCGGUGUGAGGUGGAUGCGACUGCAUCUAGUAGACAAUUCCAACAAAGGAAUACACUUCGUUUCUCGUCGCGACGCAUUGGUCUCGUCUCACGCAACUACACAUUUGACCAUUGACUUGACCCCCCUUCUCUUCUUUUCUUUCAAAAAUGAGCAAUCCUUACCAAUAAGCUGCGGCGCCGACCCGCGCAUCAGGUCUGCCAAGUGUUGUACAGACUCGAACCAACUGUCCAACACCCCUGCGCUUGACUCCUUGAACCAAUCAGUUACCUUCCGACGGAGGGAGGGCGGUAUUGACCCUUUCGCUUUUCAGGGAAUCCUAAUCAAUAUCUUUACGCGUGCGGUUACACAGCAUCAGGCUGUCAAAUCAACGGAAAGGAGUGCCUCGUUCCUGGAUUUGAAAAGUUUCCUCUGCAGUCUCUCAUUCUCUGCAACGGUAACUGUUGAGCGACGACCGAGUGUUUCACGCCGUCAGUACACACCCGAAAAUUCUUUCCACAUCCAAGGCAUGGCACGCCCAUGGCCUUUUACAUGUCCCUGGCGAAGUAUCUUGGCUUUACUAUCAAACGUUUCUCUUUCCAUUGCAUUAUCCAUCCCAGAAGAUGCCAAUGAGUACGGCUCCUCAUUCACAUAUCGCGAUGUCGGAAGAGUAGUACCAGACUUCGUGAUUAAUCACGCGCCACUGAUAUGGCUACACUCAGACGACCCAUUCCGCCCGGCAGAUAUACUCGAACAUGUCCGCCAUACCACGCCGAUGGUGCACAUGGAGCCCAUCAGAGGACUGCCACAACUCGAUCUCGAUAAUUUGGCUAUGCUAAACGACUACUGGAACAACGGCCCAGUUUCGCUAACUGCAAACGGCGACAUCACCAGUCUUCCUACCUGGCUCUUUGGAGAGACGCCAGAUGAGACGGGCAAGCUCCACAAUGCCACCUCUUGCGUUGUGAUCACCGUCGAUAAGGGCUCAGGAGAUCUAGAUGCCUUUUACUUCUACUUCUACUCGUACGAUCAAGGGGCAAACAUCACUCAGGUUCUACCACCUAUGAAUGGGUUGAUAGAAGACACUGAGCAUGGCAUGCACUUUGGCGAUCAUGUUGGUGAUUGGGAGCACAAUAUGAUUCGGUUCCACGACGGGAAACCUACCGGUAUCUAUUACAGUCAACACUCUUCGGGCUCUGCCUACAAGUGGGAUGAUAAUGACCUAUCAGUGGAAGAUGGUCGGCCUAUAGUUUACAGCGCAUGGGGUUCUCACGCGAACUGGGCAUCUCCUGGCGAUCACGUUCACGACUCGGUCUUACUAGACUACUGUGACGCAGGUAAAAUCUGGGAUCCUGUAUCUUCGGCAUAUUACUAUAAAUUCGAUCCCGAAACGUCACUCUUAACGAGCAUAUUUCCACCCGGGGCGGAAGCCUCUAUCAAUCUUACAUCCUUCUUGUACUAUUCCGGCAUAUGGGGAGACUUCCAAUACCCCGACGACCAUCCACGUCAGAAGAUCGUACCCUACUUUGGUCUGAAGCGUUACGUCUCCGGCCCGACGGGUCCGACUACGAAGCAGCUUGUAAGGAAGGGACUCUUUCCAGACCAUCCUGAAAGAAAGAAUCUUUUGCAGUGGGGAGUUGGCAUAUACAUGUCGCUGUAUCCAUGCUGUUUUAGGGGAUGGAGAGCCUGGGUUUCUGGCAUCGCCUUCAUUGGGUUGUUGAAAGAAAUCCUGGAUUUGAAGAUCGUCCACAGCCGCCUAAGCAUACGGGACGAGUCCGUAGGCAACGUCGCCUCGUCGACGAGCCACGAUGCCAAGCAUGCGGUGUUGAAGCUUAACAGCCCGGGACUCAUCACCACAGUCAAGGCUCACGUCUUUGAAGACCAUUUCAUUUGA